GUCUAUAAUCGUGUAGUAUAAAAUCUUAAAAAACGAACAGUCUGUUAAAGCAAACUGCAGUCUAUUAGUUGCAGAUCGGAUAAAAAUGGCCGGAAAAAACUUGAUUGCGACGACGCUCCUCUUCAGUCUAGUCCUUCUUGGAACCCUAGCUCUCUCUCAGGCCAAGAAAAAGUCAGGUGCAGAUUUGAAGGAAGUGACUAACAAAGUGUAUUUUGAUGUUGAGAUUGCUGGAAAACCGGCUGGGCGUAUUGUGAUGGGACUCUUUGGGAAGACUGUUCCUAAAACUGCAGAAAAUUUCAGAGCUCUGUGCACAGGUGAAAAAGGUAUCGGGAAGAGUGGCAAGCCUCUCCAUUAUAAGGGUAGUGCUUUUCAUAGAAUUAUUCCCAGCUUUAUGCUUCAAGGUGGUGAUUUCACCCUCGGUGAUGGAAGAGGUGGGGAGUCCAUCUAUGGGGAGAAGUUCGCCGACGAGAAUUUCAAGAUAAAACACACUGGGCCUGGACUUCUAUCAAUGGCAAAUGCUGGUAAAGACACCAAUGGUUCACAAUUCUUCAUCACCACGGUCACAACCAGCUGGUUGGAUGGACGACAUGUCGUCUUUGGAAAGGUGUUAUCAGGAAUGGACGUGGUUUACAAAGUUGAAGCAGAAGGACAACAGAGUGGAACACCCAAAAGCAAGGUCAUAAUAGCAGACAGUGGUGAACUUCCUCUGUAAUUGCAAUUGAAUGCUUUUACCAGGUUUCAGUCCGUUAAGGUAGUGCCUGUUUCCUUCCCCUUUCAGUAACAAGAUAGAUAUAUCUGAGUUGUAAUGAAUAAUUUACUUUGUAAUCGAGUGGAAAUGUUUUCUUCUGGCAA